GAAAACCAAUAAAUUCUCCUCGAAGAUAGUUAAACAUUUGAAAAAUAUACUUUGCCUUUGACCUAUCAGUUCCCCACUUCCAGAAUUUUUAAAUCAAGUAUAUGCAAUAAAAGCAUAUGCCGACUGACCCUCGGCAGCUCCUGUAUCAUGAAUCUACAGUGAUAUAGAAAAGUAGAAAAUUUAUGUGCAUUUAUGCUGCGAUUAAGAAUCAUGUUAUAAAAGAACAUCUAAUAAAACGGCAGAAAAUUCACAAUAUUGUUCAGUGAAAAAGGCAGAAUACAUCUUUGUAAGGCAUUAUCCCAAUAACGUCAAACAAGCAAAGAUAAGCAUUAAAAAAAAAAAAAAGCCCGAUAAUACAUACUAAGAUAUUAAAUGUAAUUGACUCCAAGAGGUAAAGUAUGAGAGUUUUGUAUUUCAUUUCCUAUUAAUGCAACAGAUUUUGUGUUUUAAAAAUAAUUGUAUAAUUAGAAAGUUGCCUGUGUUGAAAACCAUAAAAGUACGUGAGACCGUACAAGCCUGGAAAAUCCAGGAAGUGUUUCGUGCGGAAAGCCAAGGCCACCUGCUAGCCGGUGAGUCACGGACGCAAGACUCGCACCUGACUCCGCACUCGCCAACCGGCUGCGGUGCGUUUCCAAGCGAAACGCCCAGGGGACGAGGACCGCCCUGCGCCCCGGCCCCGGCCCCGGCCCCGCGCCCCGCGGCCGCGGAAGCCGGGACGCCUGAGCUCCGCUAAUUUCUGGAAGCGAGGGCAUUCCCGUUUCAAAGUUCACCCGAUCGGGCCUUUCCUUUCUCCAGCUUUGAACAACCCUGAAGGCAGACUUUCGGGUAAGGCUGGCCUCUCUGCCCUCAGAGGUCUGAGCUCUGCCAUGGGGGUAGGGGUGUCUUUAUUGCUGCAGUUUUCUCUGACGUCUGGGGACUACCAGAGUGUGGGCGGAAGCAGGCGCUCCAGCCGCAGGCACAUCCCCGGGAGGAGCUGGAAAGAGCCUCAUCUCCAGCUCCACAGCCUCCAGGCAGAGGAAGAACCGAUGCUGGAACGUCGCUGCAGGGGCCCCAUGGCCAUGGGCCCCGCCCAGCCCCGACUCCUUUCUGGGCCCUCCCAGGAGUCGCCCCAGACCCUGGAGAAGGAGCCCCAAGGGUUGAGGUCACAAGGCACUGCUGUGGCCCAGUCGGGCAGCCAGGCCCUCGGUCGGGCCCAUCGUUGUGCCCACUGUCGAAGGCACUUCCCGGGCUGGGUGGCCCUCUGGCUUCAUGCCCGGCGCUGCCAGGCCCGGCUGCCCCUGCCCUGUCCCGAGUGUGGCCGUCGCUUCCGCCACGCCCCUUUCUUGGCACUGCACUGCCAGGUCCAUGCCGCCGCCACCCCAGACCUGGGCUUUGCCUGCCACCUCUGCGGGCAGAGCUUCCGAGGCUGGGUGGCCCUGGCUCUGCACCUGCUGGCCCACUCGGCGGCAAAGCGGCCCAUCGCCUGUCCCGACUGCGAGAGACGCUUCUGGCGGAGAAAGCAGCUGCGGGUCCAUUUGCGGCGCUGCCACCCCCCGGUGCCCGAGGCUCGGCCCUUCAUAUGCGGCAACUGUGGCCGCAGCUUCGCCCAGUGGGACCAGCUGGUUGCUCACAAGCGGGUUCACGUGGCCGAAGCCCUGGAGGAAGCGGCGGCCAAGGCCCUCGGGCCUCGGCCUCGGGGCCGGCCGGCGGUGACCGCGCCCCGGCCCGGGGGAGACGCCGUCGACCGCCCCUUCCAGUGUACCUGCUGCGGGAAGCGCUUCCGCCACAAGCCCAACCUGAUCGCCCACCGCCGCGUGCACACAGGCGAGCGGCCCCAUCAGUGCCCCGAGUGCGGGAAGCGCUUCACCAAUAAGCCCUACCUGACCUCGCACCGGCGCAUCCACACGGGCGAGAAGCCCUACCCGUGCACCGAGUGCGGCCGCCGCUUCCGCCACAAACCCAACCUGCUGUCGCACAGCAAGAUCCACAAGCGCUCCGAAGGGUCUGCCCAGGGUGCCCCCCGCUCGGGGAGCCCCCAGCGUCCCGCCGGCCCCCCGGAGCCCUCGUCAGAGCCCGCCCCGGAGCCCCCGCUGAAGCCGGCCCCGGAGCCUUUGGAGGCCCCAGGGGAGACCCCCGGCCACCAGGCGGAGGCCCCGCCCUCUCUCUACAGCUGCGAGGACUGUGGGCGGAGCUUCCGGCUGGAGCGCUUCCUGCGGGCCCACCAGCGGCAGCACACGGGCGAGCGGCCCUUCACCUGCGCCGAGUGCGGGAAGAACUUCGGCAAGAAGACCCACCUGGUGGCCCACUCCCGGGUCCACUCAGGCGAGCGGCCCUUUGCCUGCGAGGAGUGCGGGCGCCGCUUCUCCCAGGGGAGCCACCUGGCCGCCCACCGGCGCGACCACGCGCCGGAGCGGCCCUUCGUCUGCCCGGACUGCGGGAAAGCUUUCCGCCACAAGCCCUACCUGGCCGCCCACCGGCGCAUCCACACCGGCGAGAAGCCCUACGUCUGCCCUGACUGCGGCAAAGCCUUCAGCCAGAAGUCCAACCUGGUGUCGCAUCGGCGCAUCCACACGGGCGAGCGCCCCUACGCCUGCCCCGACUGUGACCGCAGCUUCAGUCAGAAGUCCAACCUCAUCACCCACCGCAAGAGCCACAUCCGGGACGGCGCCUUCUGCUGCGCCAUCUGUGGCCAGACCUUUGACGACGAGGAGAAGCUCCUGGCCCAUCAGAAGAAGCAUGAUGUCUGAGGGGGCAGGGGCGGCGGGGGCCGAGGGAGGUCGGGCCUGGACGUCGUUCACACUGUGCCCUGUGCUACUGCUUGUAGGCAGGGAGGGGAGAGGAGGGGUGAGCCUGCCCCGUUAGAGAGGGGGGUCCCCAGCCCCUGCAGUCAGGGAGUCCACUUGCAGAGCAGGGACCCCGGCCUCCAGCUGGUGUUUGCUAAGGUUCGGCCCUGACUGCCCUGCGCCCUGGAAAAGUAGCAAUAGCAGCUCCACCCACCCCUUAGAGCCCUCCGGCCGGAGGGGCCGCCAGUGGACAGGAAGACCCCUCUCCUCUGGUGGUAACGCCUUAAUGUCUCUGUCUCUUGCUGUGAGUUCCUUCAGCUCGUUUUCUGGAAGUACGUGUGGUUCAGUCCUUAGUGAAUGAGCGCCCGGGAGGAAAAGUGGACCAGAUGGAUACACCUGGGAGAACCUGCCGGCCUCGGUCGGCACCUGGGCCUUUUCCAGUACUGGGAGGCGAAGCCGAGCUGCUCUCGCCUGCCUCACCGCAUCCCCUCCGUCCUGCCCCUGCACAGGCACCCAGAUUUGGAGAGACCCAUCUACUGUUAGUUCUUGGCUCCCCUUCCUCCCAGAAGAUCCAGUCCCCCGCCCUGGGCAUUUCCCCAUCUGCCUGACUUGCUUUACCCACCGGCCUCCCAGUGCUUAGGGCAUCCCCUGGCUGUCAGCCGCCCUGCGUCAGGGCUUUUGUCUGAACACCGCAGCCUGCCUUCACUCCCUUCAGAACUCAGCAUGCAGUGGGGAGGACUGCCCCAUUGAUGACGGAGGGCCAGCUGAUGGGAAAUGGGGGUGAGUUCAGCAUUUCUAGCGUCUGGAUGCCCAGCCUCUGCUUGAAUACUUAGGUGACAGGGAGUUUCCCCCCACCCCCAGGCCCUGGUUCUAUUGUAGAAUAAUUCUGAUUGUUAGAGAUUCUUCCUUAUAAUGAAUGAAGUCUGCUUCCCUGUAAUUUCUACUGUUGGGCCUUGUUCUCUGGAACUAAACACACAACCACUUACCCUCCUUUUCAAACUAGAGAAUAAAGAUCUGGUUUUAGAA